UAGAUUUUUUGUUUGUUUGGAUAAAAAAUGAGUGAAGGAGAAAAUUUAAUAAUAAACAUAGAAAGGCAUCCAUGUCUAUGGGAUUUAAAUAAUCCAGACUACCAUAACAGAGACGUAAAGGAUUUGGCUUGGGAGCAAAUUUGUAAAAAUGUUUUUGAUGACUGGGAAAAUUGCUUAGAUAAAACAAACAAAUGUGCUGAAUUGAAAAAAAAAUGGGCAAACAUAAGGGACUACUAUCGAAAAGAAGUUCAAAGAAAUAAAAAUAUUCCCAGCGGCAGUGCCGCCAAAAAGGCCAAAACAUAUAUUUAUAGUGAUUUACUUUAUUUUCUUACACCUAUGUUUUGUAAAAGGGAUUCUGAGAGCAAUUACCCAAAGGAAAUAGAUGCUACCCAAAACGAAAAUGAAGACGAAAAUACACAUCCUGAAAUUCAUUCUAUGGAGUCAUCACCACCACCUCCAUCAGAAACAAAUAAACCUGUACUUAAUCAGAAGAGAAAGAAAGAUAUUCCAUCUCAAAUAUUAGAUAUAUUGCAACAAAGACAGAAAGCAACUUCAAAGAUAAGCAGUACUGACGAAGACGACGAUACAAAUUUUUUACUUAGUUUCAGAAGCCACAUGAAAAAAAUGAAUCCUCAACAAAAAAUUGAUUUUCAACUGGGUAUGCUCCAACUGGUAAAAAAAGUCACUAUUGGAAAUGAACCAUCUUCGUACAAUGACAAUUCGUCAGGGCCAGAGUCCAGUACACAUUCUGGCCAAUCAUAUAAUCCCGCCCCGCAAAGUUGCUAUUAUAAUUCAGCUCCCUCAUCAACUUAUAUUCCGAGUCCGAGUAUGCAACGAAAUAUAUAUGUACCGCAAAGUUCACCAAUAUAUUUGAAACGUCCAUCUCCUUUGCACUCACAACCAAGUUAUUUUCAUUCAUCCUCCCAGCAACCUAUCAACAGUGCGAGUGCCUCUCAGCCUAAAAUUGUUAUCCGCUCCAUUACCAAUCUUGCAUCUUCCUCCUCCAACACCGUCAUCCAACAAAAUUCCACACAAGACUACCCCGAAAUAUCCAUACCAGAAAAUGCUAUUGAAGAAAGUCAAGGUUCACAAUUUUUAAUUCUACAAUCUGAAGAUUCCCGAAAGGAAAAUAUUGAAAAAUAUUUAAAAUUUAAUAACAUAAAAUAA